UCCCCAACCCACCAGCCACCCCACCAGCCUCCCCAGCCCCAGCCCUAGGAUUACCCGCAGAAGAGGCACCUCCUGAAACUGAUGCACAUCAAUUUCACCAGGUGAUUUCAGAGAGGGAGUGCUUUUUUUUCCUCCUAUUUUUCUCUCUCUCCCUCUCCCUCCUUCCCCCUUUUUUUUUAAAUCUGGUUUCCUUCUUGGAGGUACCAUGUCGGAGAUCCUGCCCUACAGCGAGGAGAAGAUGGCUCAUUUCGGCAGCGACAGUGAAGUCAGCCAACUCUCCUUCAGCUGUCGCCUCCAGGACACCAACACCUUCUUCGGGGGCUCCCAGCCCAAGAGACCCCCCAAACUGGGGCAGAUUGGAAGAGCCAAACGAGUUGUUAUCGAAGACGACAGAAUAGAUGACGUUCUGAAGGGAAUGGCAGAUAAAAAUUCCUCUGGAGUGUAAUCUGGAAGGGUGGUUUCCCUGAUUUUCAAACUAUUUAACUGUUUUUUUUUAAAAAAAAGCACUUUUGGCUGUGCAUGCGUUUGUGGAUUGUGCAGAGAGAUUCCGGUGGCUUACUGACCAAUCUCCAAUCCAAACCAAUGCACACAAAUUGAGGAGCUGUCCAUUUCAGCACCAUUCGGUCCAACCAAGGCACACAGGUUAAGCUGUGUCCAUUUCAGUUCCAAUCAAAGCCAAGCCACUCAAAACAGGGAGCUGUUCCUUUCAGAACCUCAAUCCAAAUAAAUGCACAGAGGUGUUUUUGACCUGGCCCACCCUAGCACCGUCUGCCCAAAACUAAUGCAAUAGGGUUUGAGGCACUGUGCAUUUUAGGACCUAACCACCCACCACAGCGGCUGAUCGGAGACAGUAACGGCCAGCAAAAGCGACACCAUGGUGGAAAGAAAGAAAGAAUGAAAGAAAGAGAA